GAAAUGUCUCAAGAUCACACGAUGUCAGCAAAAAUUCCGGCAAACCGAAAUACAGAAUCAACUGUCAGUCACGAACAUCUACGAUUUCACCUGGUCAGCGUUAUAAAAUCGGUAGUGCACCGCAAAUACCCAGACAGUUUCGACUUGGAGCACCCGCAAUGAUGAAGGGAGAAAUACGGAAGAGCAGCCUCUACGGCUGUACGGUGAUACUGGUACUGGUUGUUCUCCAUCUGGUUAAUGCCGUGCCAUCCACGACAACCAAAUUACCAUCGACAGUGGCCACUUCCACGAAGUCUACGCGCAGGGUGAAUCCCCUUACGGAGUCCAAGCUGGAAAUGAAUUGCAAAGCCCUCUGCGAGCACUGCGGAUGUUUGGGCUUCUACUGCGGGGAGGAGUGCCUUUGCGAGUGCAAUGAUGACAACUCCGACACUGAGUGCAUCCGCACCAUGCAAAUGAAUGCUAAGACACUGAGUCUUCCCUUCGAGAUUGUCAUCCAGGGACCGAGUAGCAAUCGCUUUGUGCGCAACGCCGAGCAGUUUGAACAGAAGCGGGAUUUGGUGACUAGGAGUGCCUCAUCUUCAGGUCAGUCGCCGCGGAGUCGUCGCUCCAACAUUACCAUCUACAAGCCUUCCAAAAACUCUGCCUGGCAGCCAAAUGCCAAUGCCCUGGAAGCUGUUUCCAAGCCUUCCGAACAGGAGCUGACCAGGAACAAAAGGUCUGUAGAUCAUUUGGAGUGGUUCAACGACUUUGCCGGCUCUUUGGUGCGUCCCUCGCCAUUGGGCACUCGAUCACAAAAGCAGCAGCGGGAGUCAAAGCCAUCGGGAUUCAAGCGCCACAUUGAUUUGGAUGAGCCAGCUGCUCGGGAUCCAUGGUUCCUAGAGCCAACUGUUCCGCGUCUGAUUCGUCCUGCUCCACUGAAGAAGGACUCAUACUCCAGGAAAACCAAAAAGAGUCCUUUUUCACUCAAGGCUUCUAAGAGUAAAGCCUCCAAGUCGAAAUGGCGCAGGGAGCAAGAGCAAGAGAUGGAUAUUCGACCGCUUCGUGAUGCCUUGCAGGUGGUGGAACGGAUUCCCCGUGUACUUCAGGAUACUGUGAGUCACCUGUCAUCUGAUCCUCGGACUGGUGAAGUGUUCAGCCUGAAUAUCAGGGAAAAAGAUUUGCCGCGGAAGAAGGAUCGCGAGGAUGAGGAGCGUGCGCCUCGCAGGCCAAGCGAUUUAUUCCGUGAUGCUCGACGCAAUGAAAUCAUACCGGAAGCUGUGACCCUUGCUGCUCCGAUGGAAAUUGCAACCCGAGUUCCACUUCCUGCCCAGCGAGGAGGCUUCUUGUUCCCGUGGUUAAGGCAGCGAAGGCUAAUGCGUUUGCAGCAAGCCCGUGGAAAUCUGUAGAGAAACACCUACAACUAAUUCGCAAUCCAAAUCAAUAUUAGCUACUCUUAUUUUAUUUUGUUGUAUAUUUUUAAGGAAUUUUUGGGUCUCACUAAAUAAAUUAAUAAUUUGUAUUAUUCUGCAGUAGCAGCAA